AUGAAAGAUGAUGCUAUUGUGACACCUAUGUAUGAGGUUGCUUCUAAUAAUAAUGAAAAUGAUGGUGUUACAAAAUGUGUAUCUAAGGAAAAGGAUGUGGAAGAUAGUGACAGAUGUGACAAUGUUGGUGAUGAUACUAUUGAAGAUGAUAUUUCUAAGACACCGAUCUCCAUAUGUGGUUUACAAGAUGGGGGAGAAAGUGAAGUUGGGGAUGAUACUAUUGAAGAUGAUAUUUCUAAGACACCUAUCUCCAUAUGUGGUUUACAAGAUGGUGGAGAAAGUGAAGAUGCUUGUGCUGUUAUUGAAGUUGAUUCUUCUGAAAAAUCGUUUAUCGGAUCCUUAAUAACACCAAUGAAGCGUCGACUUCCACGAUUGUGUGAGGAGUCUUCGGAAGAUGAUAUUGUUAGUUGA